CCCAGCCCCAGAGCCUUCCCUGGCCCUGGGGACGUCCAUUGGAAGGAGGAGGAGCAGGACAGGAGGUGGGCACCCCCCGAGUGUCCCCUGCCACCGCCCUGGCAUGACAGAGCAGCCGUGCCAGGAGCUGAGGGUGCCUUUGGAGAGUGCUGGUACCAGGAUCUACCUCCUGACCCCUGGCCUGAGUACCCCAAGGAGGAGCGGUGCCAGCCCUGCCCCCCGUCCGGCCCUGCAGG